AUGCCGAUUGUAAACAUUUGCGAUUACUCCACUGCUGUGGAUGCAAUGGUUAAAAAAGGCUCAACGUUCGCCGAUCGAACUAUAUUUUAUAUGUUCAGGCUGACGAGAAAAAAUCGUGGAAUCAUCGGAACAAAUGGAACUCCUUGGGUGGAACAGCGUCGCUUUGCACUGCAUACACUUCGAAAUUUCGGUCUCGGAAGAAACAUAAUCGAAGAGAGAAUUAUGUUCGAAUUUGAGAUCGCAUGUGAAGAACUGGACAAGCGCUUGAAGACAGAGGGAAGAUCCAUAAAUGCUCAUGAAAAUCUCGAGUUGUUGAUAGGAAACAUCAUUAACAGAAUGCUAUUCACGGAGAGAUUCGAGAAGAAAGAGGCAGAGAGAUUCUUCUUUCUGAAGAAGAGGUUGGAUGACAUGAUGGAAAACGUCUCGCUAUUCGACAUGCUUGUUGAAGAAUGGAAUGUGAAUUGGCCGUUAAUCAGAUCGAGAACAGACCGUCUGUUGGAGCCGAUCUAUACCGUCAUGGAUUUCAUUCGUAAUCAAAUUGAGCAGAGGUUCGUGGCCCACUGUACUGGGUAA